AUGUAUGUGGCAGCUACUUUCUCCAUCCACUUCUGUGGCCCCCGCGUCAUUCACCAGUUCUUCUGUGACAUCCCCCAGCUCCUGAAACUCUCCUACUCUAUUACUGAGAUGGCCAUGCUCACGCUGAUGUCCUAUGACCGCUACCUGGCCAUCUGCCUUCCUCUGCAAUAUGACGUCAUCAUGAAUGUCAGAACCUGUGUCCAGGGAGUUGUUGGUGUGUGGGUCAGUGGGACCAUCUCUGGAGUCAUGCAUACGGCAGCUACUUUCUCCAUCCAACUCUGUGGCCCCCACAUCAUUCACCAGUUCUUCUGUGAUAUUCCUCAGAUCUUGAAACUCUCCUGCUCUAAUGACUAUAUCUAUGAGAUCGGUGUCACUGUCUUCCUGUCUUUUUUGGCAUUUCUUUGUAUUGUCUUUAUUGGAUUCUCCUACAUGCAGAUAUUUUCUUCUGUGCUGAGGAUGCCAUCUGCUGAGGGCAGAGCUAAGGCCUUUUCCACUUGCCUUCCCCACCUCACUGUUGUCUUGUUAUUUAUUUCUACUGCUGCAUUUGAGUACUUAAAAUCUCAUUCAGAAUCUCCAACUGUGUCAGACAUUUUUCUCACUAUUAUGUAUACAGUAGUUCCACCAACAUUCAAUCCAAUGAUCUACAGCCUUCGAAAUAAAGCCAUUAAGUCAGCUAUAAGAAAGGUUUUUAAGAAAAAUAAAGUAUAUCUGUGUUGA